AUGAUGAUCAAAGUUAUGGGACCUCAUGAGACCAAAGAGGAUGAGUGGGUGGUACGAGAAGGGAAGAGAGGAAAGAACAGAACCAACCCAGGGGAACUCCUAGAUGAAGGGAUCCCAGUCACGGCCCGACUCCUCCACUCAAUGCUCGACUCCCCUGGAGGGGAAUCGAUCUCCUGUUCUCCGAUGGAUGCCUCAGAGGCAGGUCGAGCCCCGGUGCCAAGCACCAGACGUCGGAAACGCACCACAUUCAGCAAGGGCCAGCUGCUCGAGCUGGAGAGGGUGUUUGCAGCUCGGCCUUACCCAGACAUCAGUACCCGAGAGCGGUUGGCAAGGCUCACCCGUCUUCCUGAGGCCAAGAUCCAGGUUUGGUUUCAGAACCGCCGGGCCCGAAGAAUCAAGAGCAGGAAGCCAGAAGGGUUGAGUGCCUGGACCAAAGACCCCUGGGGAACUCUCCCUCCGGGCAAUAACCCUCUGCAUCCCCAGGACCCUGAGAGCUGGGGACACUCCUCACCACACGACAGUGACCCCAACCCAGGCUGGCUGCCCUUCUGUCCCACUCCUGGCCUGGCCCCAGGGCACAGUGGUAUUAGGGUCAAGGUAUUGGGCCCUGGAGGGGUAGGUCCACCUGGGGGGGCGUCCAAGCCUCCAGGGCCACUCCACCGAUGGGAACGGGGUGCCACCCAGACCUCUCUGGGAAGCCUCUCUGACCUUAUCUAUAACGCAGCCAUUGUCACCAACUUGGAUGAUGCCUAA